AAGAAGAAGAAGAUUUCCUCCUGCCGCCUACGCCGCACGUCCAGGCUUCCAUGGUGAAAACAUGGCGGCAAAAGACUCCUCAUCUGAAGUGGAAGCUUUUGUCAACCGCUGGAUAGUGGAUUACUAUGUUAGUCUGGCUGUUGAGUUGUUUGAAAACAAACAGUACGAUGCCGUCGUUUCCCUUAAAGAAGUACUUGACAGUGUCUUGGCUCGUUGUGUGGCACCAACUGAUCUCCUGCCAGUGAAGAUUAGAAUCUUUGAGUUUCUCUGCCACAUAAUUGAUGGUGAAAAACCUGACACUCACCAGUCAACAACUCCUCUGGAAUCAGCUUUAAUGUUGCUGGAAAGUAUGAGCCAGGAUUACCAUAUGCCACAGCAGGACUUCAACAAUGUCUGCACUUCUCUUAAAGAGAUGAUGGUGGGGAUCCUCAUUAAGAACAAAAUGUUUGAUAAAGCAAAAGAAAUGGUGAACAAACAUUUUCCCAAAUCAAUGUUUGAAAAGAAAGCCAUAUUUAUGCGUCUCAUCAAUAAGAAGAGUAAAAUGCAUGAAGUCAUCGAGCAGAUCGACUUUCAGCGCUUCAGAGAGGAGAUGCUCACCUUUUGUCGGAGUAUCUGCACAUUUGGUGUUCCCUUUCUACACAAGGCUGCAAAACAGCUCAUUGAUCAAAAAUUUGUGAGGGGCAACGGCGAGGCAGGUGGAUCUGAUGAGCUGGAGGAAGCAGGCCCGUCCUCUGAUGCACCAAUUUGCACAGUCCAGUUCGUAAUACGGAAACAUACAAUAAUCCAGAAGACCAGACUGGAAGCAGCCUUCAAAGCUUUAGCUGCAUCUUCAGUUGAGAUACCAUUCACUAAGCUGGAGGAAGAAGUGGAGAGCGAGGAACAGGCAAGAACAAACAAUCUUUCCCUGCGACUCCUUCCUAGUCCCAAGAAGGGCACCAAUGGGGACUCAGAGCAGGAUGAGUUCUUUCAUAGAGACUCAGGCAGCCCCAUGGAAGCUUCUCCAGCAGACCAACCACCACAAACGGAUGCUAGUACUGAAAAACAGGCAGGUUUGCCCCCAAUUACAGCCCCAAAGCUGAGGGACAAGCAGCCUUACACUGUGGCCAGACUGGUGGUUGAGCCGGACAGCCAGGGGAGCUCGCAAUUCCCAACAGAAUCACAGGAACCGGAGAGUGAUGUCACGACAGAAGAGCCACCACAGUCACCGGCUAUUAACAACAAAAAGGACCCACAGAGUCGAGAAACAGACAGACGAGACAACAUCACCCGCAGCAGAAAGGCAAAGUCAAAACGGCUGCCGUCGGAGUCUGAGGAGACAGAGUCUCCUUGCAGAACCCCAGUGCAGGAACCUCGUAAGCGACUGGCCAGUGUUCCUUCCAGCAAGGAUCCAGAAGCCAUUCGUAUUAUGGAUUCUUCCAUGGACAGCUCAGAUGAAAUGUUCCCUCCUUCCCCUGGCCCUCGAACCAGCUCCACUCCUCACAAGGACUCUCCUCAAGACCAAGGUCCUUCCCAUUCAAAAUGGAAACAACUAUACAGGGCUGCAAAGGAAAGUAAGGAAGUAUGGAGUGAUGAAGAGUCAUAUUUCAACAGCAGAAAGGGGUCUCGGAAUGAGUCCACCCUCUCAAACUCAGGCAAAAAGAAGAAGCAGUGGAGCAACAGUGAGACAGAGAAGCUCAAAGAAGGGGUCAGAAAAUUUGGGGAAGGCAACUGGACUAAAAUAAAGUCAUAUUACAACUUCACAAAUCGAACAAAUGUCAACCUAAAGGACAGAUGGAGAACGUUGAAGAAACUAAACAUGGUCUGAGUGGUUCAAGGGAUGGACAUUUUUCCACUUCCACGUUAAUGUGUUGGAUAUUCCUUGUUUAGCACAAUAUAAUUUUUAUCCUGUUUCCUGCAUUAAUCAUGUUCGAAGAUACUGUACAAUUUAAGUUCAUGACACCUUUUUGUUUAAAUAAAUGUUCAGGGUUUUUGUGAGA